AUGAGGAUACUCAGCCAUCUCCUUGCACUCUCAACCUGCUGCUGGUAUGUUGCAGCCGUCGAACCCACUCAAUCCGACCAUCUGUCGAAUCGGUCAACAGUAGCGAUUAAGGAUAUCCAGGGCUGGAAAAUUCUUAACGAUACAGUUCUUUCCAAACCAUAUGACCCCGAUAGAUAUCCCCAAGGGAUCAUCAAUUUAGGUCUCGCCGAAAACUGGCUGAUUCAAACAAAUCUGAGCAACUUCCUCAAAGAGAAUUUCACCAUUGAUCCUCUCUUCCAUUUGACCUAUGGUCAGGGACCUGCCGCCUCUCCUCGUCUUCGCAAAGCACUUGCGGACUUCUUUAAUGCCAACUUCAGCCCGCGUCAGAAAGUCUCUGAAUAUGAAAUCAUCGUUGCAUCGGGUGUUACUUCCCUAAUUGACUCGAUUGCAUGGACCACGUGCAACGUUAACGAGGGGAUCAUCAUUCCUCAGCCGCUAUAUAACGGGUUUCCAACGGAUAUACAUCUACGCAGUCAGGCCAAGCUGAUACCAGCAUCUUUUCUCUGGGAUAACCAGACAUAUUCUUUGGACAAAUCCAAAGAAGCGUUAAUCGAAAUUGCCCGCUUCUGUGGUCAGAACAACAUCCACUUUAUCUCGGACGAAAUCUACGCGAACUCCGUCUUCGAAGUUCCAAAGAAUUCCACUGCUCCGCCCUUCACUUCGGUCCUCUCGCUGGACCUAGAUGGCAUUAUCGACCCUAAUCUCGUCCAUGUAUUGUAUGGAAUGAGUAAAGAUUUCGGGGCAAGCGGGCUUCGACUCGGCGUUCUGCAUUCACGCAACGAACAACUGAUUCAGGCCGCCUAUGGUGUGAAUCUAUUCUCAUGGCCUUCCUACCUGGCUCAAGACAUGUGGGCCCGUCUUCUCGAAGACACUGGCAAGACGCAGUACUUCCUCAACUUGAACAGGGAGCGCCUCGCAAAAAGCUACAAGAUCGUCACUUCGUGGCUCGACCUCCAGGGCAUUGAAUAUUAUACUGACGGAAAUGCUGGUCUCUUCGUCUGGGCUCGUAUCUUCCGUAGUAACAUUCCUGACCCGAACACCUUUCUGAAAAAUUGUCAAAAGCAUGGCGUUAAUGUUGGUAAUGGGCAGAACUUUUUGGCCGAGAGCGGCCAAACUGGAUGGUACCGGAUUACGUUUUCAUAUCCUCCGUCGAUGUUAAAGCUUGGGCUGGACCGGUUGAACGAGACUUUGCACGAUCCUAGUUUAGGUGGGAACGCUACAAGCAAGUAA